ACAGUUGACAGACCACGAGAGGGACAACGAUAUUAUCCAAUGGUGUAGAUUAUUCUUAUCAAUCUAUGAAUUGAUUUCUAACAAUUAGUUCAUCUAUUCCUUCUUAUGAGAGAUGACAAAACUUCAGCCACACAGCAGUUUCAUACCACCUAUGAGCUCACCCAUUAGAGCCCCAACUUGGGUCUCCACAAGAAGGCAACUCGAACUCAAAGUGUCUGAACUUCACAAAUGCUCAAACUUACCACAUUUGAAGCAAAUUCAUGCUCAAAUCUUCAAAGCUAAUCUUCAUGAUGAUCCCUUUGUUGCACCUAAAUUAGUCUCUGCUUUCUCUCUAUGCCAUCAAUUAAGGAUAGCCAUUAAUGUUUUCAACCAAGUUCAAUUUCCCAAUGUUCAUUUGUACAAUUCUCUUAUUAGAGCUCAUACCCAGAAUUCUCAACAAUCUCAAGCUUUCACUACUUUUCUUGAUAUGCUGAAAAAUGGCGUUUUCCCGGAUAAUUUCACAUACCCUUUUCUACUAAAGGCUUGUAUUGGAACUUGUUCAUUAGAAAUGGUUCAAAUGAUUCAUACUCAUAUGAUCAAAUUAGGGUUUUUUGCUGAUAUUUUUGUACCUAAUUCCUUAAUUGAUAGCUAUUGUAAGUGUGGGGUGAUUGGUGUUAGUUCUGCUAGGAAGUUGUUUAUGGUUAUGGAGGAUAGAGAUGUUGUUUCUUGGAAUUCAAUGGUUAGUGGGUUGAUUAAAGGGGGUUUGUUGGAAGAAGCUCGCCAAAUGUUUGAUGAAAUGCCUGAGAGAGAUGUUGUGAGCUGGAAUACCAUGUUGGAUGGGUAUGUCAAAGCGAGGGACAUGAAUUCUGCAUUUCAUUUGUUUGAGAAGAUGCCAGGAAGAAAUGUGGUGUCUUGGUCUACAAUGGUUUCGGGUUAUACAAAAGCAGGGGAUUUGGAUAUGGCUAGGUUAUUGUUUGAUAAGAUGCCUGUCAAAAAUUUGGUGUCUUGGACAAUAAUGAUUUCUGGGUAUGCUGAGAAGGGAUUCAUAAAGGAGGCCAUUUGUUUGUACAAUGAAAUGGAGAAUUCAGGAUUGGAGCUUGAUGAUGGGACAAUUAUUAGUAUCCUAGCUGCUUGUGCAGAGUCUGGUUUGCUUGCACUUGGGAAGAGAGUUCGUUCCUCAAUGGUGGCUGCUGGAUUUAGAUGUAGUACUGCAGUGACUAAUGCAUUGAUCGAUAUGUAUGCUAAAUGUGGGUGUGUGGAAAAAGCAUUAGCUGUAUUCCAGGGGAUGUCAGAAAGAGAUUUGGUUUCUUGGAAUACUAUUAUCCAAGGUUUAGCAAUGCAUGGAGAUGGAUUGACUGCCCUCAAACUUUUCUAUAGGAUGAAACAAGCAGGAUUUGAACCUGAUAAAAUCACUUUCAUUGGAAUCUUAUGUGCUUGCACUCACAUGGGUUAUGUUGACAGGGGUGUUGGGUAUUUCUAUUCAAUGGAAAGGGACUAUUAUAUUGUUCCCCAAAUCGAGCACUAUGGCUGUUUGAUUGAUCUAUUAGGUCGUGGUGGGCGUUUGAAAGAAGCGUUAGAGGUUGUGCAAAACAUGCCAAUGGAACCAAAUGCCGUUAUUUGGGGAACGCUCUUAGGAGCAUGCCGGUUGCAUUAUCCUGAGGAACUUGCUCAGGAGGUUUUGAAGCAUUUGGUCAAAAUGAAUCCAGCAGAGGCUGGAAAUUUGUCUAUGUUGUCUAAUAUUUUUGCUGCUGCUGGGGAUUGGGCUAAUGUAGCAAAUGUUAGACGAGCUAUGAAGAAUAUAGGAGUCCAAAAACCUUCUGGAACUAGUACUCUUGACCUGGAUGGUGAGGUUCAUGAAUUUACUGUGUUUGACAGUUCUCACCCAAAUUCAGAAGAUAUAUAUCAGAUGAUCCAUUUAUUACGACCACAACUUAAGAAACCUGGUUAUGCCCCAAGGUUAACAUAGUGAAUGAGGUCGAAGUAGCUUUAUUGUGGAGCAGAUGAUUCUCAGAGUUUUACCAUUAUGAUGUUACUGACAAUAAA